CGCGGUCAGGGAAGCCGGUUUCCGAACGUGCUCCGCUUAGGCGCGAUAGCCUGGCUCGGAUCUGAUCAAAGGUCUUCCCCCCCCCCUGGGGUCCAAAUGGGUCGUUGGUGAGGAAGACGCCUCCUGGCAAUGGUAACGAUGAGCGCCAAUAAGGCGCCGGGUCCAGUCGGACUCCAGACUGGGAACACCAAGCCUGGGAAGCCCAAGUGCGGCGACGUGUCCACGGGAGCCGAAGCGGCGACGACGGCGGCGAUGGCGGCCAAGCAAAAGGCGUCGCCGACGCCCUUCACGGCGCCGGAUCCGACAAGUAUCAAGUCACCAGACCCGCAGACAUCGCGUCCCGUUGCCUCGUCCUCUGCUGCAUCUACUUCCGGCGCCGCCGCCGCGGCGUCGACUUCCGCCAACACCACGGGCUUCGUCGUCCCGUCGUAUGACGAGUACCCCAACCAGAUCGUCUACCGCAAGAUGGAGAAGAUCGUGGAAAAGAUGCAAGACGAGAAGCAAGGGAUUCGGGUGCGGACGGUGAAAAGCCUGAGGUCGAAAAUCCCGUCUGUCUUCACGGGAGCUGAGCUGGUUGCGUGGAUGCAGCGAAGCUUGAACAUCGAGGAACAGGCGGAUUGCUUGCAGUUGGCCUGUCUCAUCGCUGCCCACGGAUAUUUCUUCCCCAUCGAUGACCACGUCUUGACGGUGAAGGGCGACGGAACGUACUAUCGCUUCCAGACUCCCUAUUACUGGCCGUCCAACUCGUGGGAACCGGAAAACACGGAUUACGCCGUGUAUUUGUGCAAACGCACUAUGCAGAACAAGACCAAGAUGGGCCUCGCGGAUUACGAGGCGGAGAACCUGGCCCGGUUGCAGCGCAUGUUCAGCAGGAAGUGGGAAUUCAUUUUCAUGCAGGCCGAGGCCCAGGCGAAGGUCGACAAGAGGCGUGAUAAGAUGGAGCGGAAGAUCCUCGACUCGCAAGAGCGGGCCUUCUGGGACGUGCAUCGUCCGGCUCCUGGCUGUGUGAAUACGACCGAGUUGGACAUCAAAAAGGCGUGUCGGAUGAACAAGCCCAGCCUGAGCAAAUGGGCCGCCAUGGUGUCUGGUAAUAAUCCCGACCAACAAGAAUCGGGAGUCAAACCCAGCUCUGGUGCCGAUGCAGUGACAGGGGCGACGUUAAGAGAUCCCGCUGUUGCCGACAAGGCGUCGACGUCAAAGGGAUCAUCAAACCCUGGUCGCGUCGGAUCGACGGGAGCAUCGUCGAGUGACGCGAAUGCUUCGAACCCGACAGAGGAAACCGCCAAGCCGGAAGAAAAGCCCGAGGACCAGUCGAAAAAGGAGCAGUACACUAGGGAGAUGGCCGUGGAAUAUCACAAGCAAGAAAUAAAGCUUCUGCAGAAGAAGUUGGAACGGCUGAAUCUGAAAUUCGACAAGGCUUCGGAAUCUCACAGGGAUGUGGGGGGGAGAGGGGAGCUGGAAUUCGUGGGCGAGAUAAUAAUCGAGCACAGGUUGGCAGGGCUGGUCGUCCUCGUCGUCGCUGCUGCUGUUGCGGAAAAUCGAUUACGUCGUCUUUGCGGGAUCGUGCGCUAUCCCGAUCCCGCCGGGCUAAUUCCAUUUCCGGCGAGCCCGCGAGAGGAGCGCGCGGAAUGCCCGACGCAGCGGUUUCCUCUCCGCGGCGGGGAAUUUGUGUUUCCGGUACUUCGGCACGUCGCCGCCUCACUUGUGGACGGCGGGGGCUGCUGCUGCAUGCUGCAACCCCCGGGUGCGAACCCAUUAUCGGCCUGA